UUUUAACACGGAAUGUGUUGUAUAUUCGGAGAUUUAAAAAAAAACUCUUUAAGUUUGGCGAUGCAGUGUCAAGAUGAAGCCGCGGACACAUACAAACACCGGAACACAAUCGAUGACUCUGACGCUCCCACACUUAACGUCAAGCUGGAUGAACUCAACAUCAUGAGGAGGAGCGACAACUAUUGGCCAGUUCCUGGCGAGGAGAAGACCCCGGAUUCAAAUAACCCCAAGACCCUGAAUGACAGUUCAAUAGAAAUGAAAAAUCUUGAAGCUGGAGAUAGAGCACCCCCGUGUCUUGCGUUAGGCCCAUAUUUUGCUGAUGGCAAGCGGCGAGUGGACUAUGUGCUUGCCUAUCACAUUCAGAAACCCAACAGUACUCGGCAAAAGGCUCCCAAGUUUGCAGACGGCAACUUCAUUCGCCGUCUCCACCGCAGUCUCAGCUCGAGAAGCAGCCGUGCACCUCUGCAGCCAAAAGAAGACCCAGAGAUUGCUGCCCAAAAACAACAGACCGAUUAUCAUCAAGAUGACCAGCGGUUCCGGCGGGAAGAGUUUGAAGAUAACCUCCAAGAGAAUGGGCUGGAGUUGGAAAAAGACGAGAAGAGCAAGAUUCCUGGAAUUGGUUUUUUGAAAAUCCAUGCCCCAUGGAAUGUUCUGUGCCGGGAGGCGGAGUUCAUGAAGCUUAAGAUGCCGACAACCAAGGUUUUUGAUGUCAAACAAGGAGAUAAUAUCGUGGAAAGGAUCCGACUGUUCAUUCACAAAGUCACCGCACCUUUGCACCCAAAAGUGGAUAACCUUCAGACACCAAGUGUAAAAUCUCUCAGUCACCCUUUCUCCAGAGAGAAGGAGCACCUAUUUGAUCUGUCAGACAGAGACAAGUUUUUUGACAGCAAGACCAGGAGCACAUUGGCAUAUGAAGUGCUCAAAAGGACAAGAUGCACAAAGGCGACAUACUCAAUGGGGAUUACCAGUCUGCUUGCCAAUGGUGUUUAUACAUCUGCUUAUCCUCCUCAUGAUGGGGACAUUGAGGGAGUGAAUGCUGAACCAAAUGACAGAAAGAUAUUGUAUGAGCAGUGGGCCAGCUACAGUGUCUUCUACAAGUAUCAACCAAUUGGAUUGAUUAGGAAGUAUUUCGGAGAGAAGGUUGGAUUGUACUUUGCCUGGCUGGGAGUCUACACACAGAUGUUAAUCCCUGCAGCCAUUGUUGGAGUUAUCGUCUUCCUCUAUGGCUGUGCCACAGUGGAUGAUAACAUACCAAGCAUGGAGAUUUGCGAUCCAAGGAACAACAUCACCAUGUGCCCGCUGUGCGAUAGCGCGUGUAGCUAUUGGAAGCUAGUGACAGCAUGUGGUACUGCCCGAGCCAGCCACCUCUUUGACAACCCAGCAACUGUCUUUUUCUCCGUUUUUAUGGCCCUGUGGGCGGUUCUCUUCAUGGAGCACUGGAAGAGACGACAGAUGCGACUCAACUAUGUUUGGGAUCUGACUGGUUUUGGAGAGGAAGACGAGGAGGAACACAAGGACCAUAACCGAGCAGAGUAUGAGUUCCGUGUCAUGCAAAAGGCAAUGAAACAAGAAAAUUCAACAUCUAAGGGGGAGAAGGUGAAGCUGACAUGUACAGACAGACUGCCAGCAUACUUGACAACCGUGGCCAUGAUGAUUUUCUUGAUCUCUGUGACAUUUGUUAUUGUCUUCGGGGUUAUCCUGUACCGGAUCAGCAUUAAGACAGCUUUGCACAUUAGCACCUACCCUGCAGCACGAUACCAUGUGCGGGCCACUGUCAAGACCACAGCUGCCAUCAUCAACCUCAUCAUCAUCAUCAUCUUAGAUGAAAUCUAUGGUAAAAUUGCUCGCUGGCUCACCAUACUUGAGGUUCCAAAAACAGACAAAAGCUUUGAAGAGAGGCUUAUCUGCAAGACUUUUGUUUUGAAAUUUGUCAAUGCCUUCACGCCAAUUGUUUAUUUGGCUUUUUUUAGGGGAAGGCAUGUCGGGCGGCCAGGAAAGUACCUGUAUGUUGUAGGAUCAUACAGAAUGGAAGAGUGUGCUCACGCAGGAUGCCUUAUGGAGUUAUGCAUCCAGUUAUGUAUCACUAUGCUUGGCAAGCAACUCAUCCAGAACAACCUGUUUGAGGUUGGCAUGCCCAAGCUGAAAAAAUUGUGGCGCAAAAAGAAGUCGGACUUAGACUUAAAGAGGGAAAAGGAACUGGCCAAAACAAUGCGACAGCACGAGAAAGAUCUCUUCCUGGGACCAUUUGUUGGCCUCAACCCAGAGUACAUGGAAAUGAUCAUCCAGUUUGGGAUGGUGACUCUUUUUGUGGCCUCCUUUCCCCUGGCUCCUCUCUUUGCUCUUCUGAAUAACAUCAUUGAGAUACGCCUGGACGCCAAAAAGUUUGUUAUGGAGCUCAGAAGGCCUAACGCUGUCAAAGCCAGAGAUAUUGGUAUCUGGUACAACCUGUUAAGAGGUCUAAGCAAGGUGGCAGUCAUACUGAAUGCCUUUGUCAUUGCCUUCACAUCUGACUUCAUCCCACGGCUCGUCUACAAGUACAUGUACAGUCCUGAUGGCACCAUGCACGGCUUUGUCGAUCACACUCUGUCAUACUUCAAUGUGAGUGACUUUCAGCCAGGUACAGACCCUGUCCAGCCAAUGAUUCUAGGACAUUCAGUAAUAACAUGCAGGUAUAAAGACUACAGAGACCCUCCUUGGUCCAGCACACCAUAUGAUCUCUCCAAGGAGUUCUGGACCAUUCUUGCUGUCCGCCUGACUUUUGUUGUCGUCUUUCAGAAUGUGGUGAUAGUCAUGAGUGACUUCAUCGAUUGGUUGAUCGCAGACAUACCAAAGGACAUCAGCCUGCAGAUCCACAAGGAAAAAGUCAUGAUGGUGGAGCUGUUCAUGAAGAAAGAGCAAGGAAGGAAGCUUGCCCUGCGAAACAGUCAAAAACCGAACAGUUGUGCAUCGCCCAACAAGAGCCUACAACGCGCACGUAGUAAAACAUAAAUUACUCCACUGUAAGCAGUACAUUUUUAUUGAAAAAUAAGCACACAUCUCUUUAACGAAUUAGAAUUAAAAUGAUACAUUUAAAGGUUACAUUCUGAGUACUUUCAACAGUAGCUAGAAUUGUUAUACCUUAAUAAAGACAGUUUUGGGGAUUAUUUGUUGUAAAGACCUGUAACUUUAAUAUGUUCACAUUAGUCGUCAUCAUUUUAGAGUUAGUAUUUUUUUUUUUUCAAUGUACACUUUUUCUUUCUGAACUCAUACAGAAACUAAAAUGAGGUAAAAUGAUGAGGGAUAUACCACAGACCUCAUGAAACACAUUUCUGGCAAUGGUGGGGGGUGGGUUCUGAAAUACUCAUAAUUAAUGUCAUGUCAGGCCUUCUGUAGAAAUGUUGUUUUUGUGUUCAUUAGUGAUUUUGUCUAAUGAGAUGUUGGUAAAUGACAUUAGGUGAAUUUAUAAAUAGUUGAUUUAUAUAGGCUAGUAAGGUAAAGUUUUGUACCUGACAAGUACACAUAAAGUUUUGUACCAUACAAGUACAUAUAACACGUCACAGAUGACGUCACACUAACAUCACGUGACACCUCUGAGGAAGGCUGCAGAAGCAAGAUAGCCGAAACUUGUCAGGUACAAAACUUUACCUUACUAGCCUAUAUAAAUCAACUAUUUAUAAAUACACAUUAGUAGGCUAAAUGAACCUCUUUAACAUAAAAGACAUUAGGUGAAUGUUAUGUUAGCAACUGUUAAUAUGGCACUAAGUACCAAAAGGGCUAAAGCAGAUCUAUAAUGAGUUUCAUUUGUCAUAUGUAGGAAUAUAAACUAUUUCCUGUAAAUUGAGAAUGACUAAAAUGUUGAACAUUUUACAUUCAGCAUGCUAGCACUCAGCAAGAUAGCACUAAGUACAAAAAGUGCUAAGGCAGUUUCAUGGUCAAUUUGCAUCAAGACAUAAUGAGUAAAAUGGCUAAAAUGUUAACAGCGUGAAAGCACCUAGCAAGAUAACAUUAAGUACCAAAAGUGCUAAUGCAAUUGUAUGGUGAGUUUAUGUCCUAUAAAGUUGUUAAAUGCUAUUUAACAUAAGGAAAAUGGCUGAAAUGCUAACACGCUCAAAGGGUAACUGCACUUUUUUGGGAAUUUUGCCUAUCGUUUGCAAGCAUUAUGAAAAACUUGACGACCAAUGUAUUUUUUUAAUGCAUUAUAAUUUGUAAAUAGAAGUAAAUAAAAGUCUGCUUUUUUUGCGUUUUUUAAAUUAAUGCGGGUAUGCUUAAAAUUAUAAAAAUACGUAAAAAUGUUAUGUUACUAAUAAUGUGCCGCUUACUACAUUACAUAUAUAAUUACAGCAUGUAUAUAAAACCUUAAUGGAGGUGUUUGGAUGUUUUUAAGGGCUUUUAUAGGCAAAAUAGAGCGACUCCCAUAUAGGCUCCAUUCUAAGCGGACUUUUGAUUGCAUAUUUAGAAUGCAUGAAAAAAAAAUGGCAUUAUGUGAAAAAUAGGCAAACAUUCCAAAAAAAUUGCAGUUCCCCUUUAAAGUUUCCAUGCUAGCCCAUAGCAGAGUCUUUAAGUACGGAAAGUGUUACGGCAAUUCCAUUGCUAUUUUACAUGAAGAUAGAUACAGUAUAUGCAUUCUAACAUAAGAAUGGCUAAAAUGCGAACAUUAUAACACUAUGCUAGCAUUUGGUAAAAUAGCACUAAGAAUAUUACAAUAAAUUAGCUUUUAGAAUAGAGCUAUCUCCUUCACAUGUGUUUAUACAUGGGAUAAUCACAUGACUGUCACAUGACAACAACUGACUUAAAGUCGCACAAAGCACAGUGCUCAUUUUCGGUUAGUUAAAGUCAAAUGUAUAAUCAUACUUCCUACUUGUAGAAUUUGUAUUGUCAAAAUGAAUUGUUACUUUUAUUCGUCAAACAAACAAAAACAUCAGCAAAAACAAUGCAAUCUGAUUUAAAUCCAAACGUAUUGGUAUUCUCAGGGAGAAAAGUCUGUCCACGUGGUCCUUCCAAUCAAUGAAAUUCAACUCUGAAUGAGUCUCUCUGCUCUGGCCUAUUUUUGAUUGUGUUUUAUUUUGUUGGAAAUGUGCUUUAUUGUACUGUUUUAAAGAAUAUGUUGUGGUAAUUAUUUUUGUUUGAAUUUAAAAGCAAUUUAUUUGAGUUAGUUUUUCAUUAUUUGUGUAGUGGAUUGUCCGAAGCUUAAACAGGCAACAAAAGUAGUUUAGUACAACAAAUUUAUUUACCCAUUAUCAGAAGUGCAGGUUGAAUUAAGUUGGCCGUGCAGACAGACCACAUGUCACCCCCCGGAGCAAACAAGACACACACAAGCCAAAAUCACUCUCUAGUUCCGGUCUUCUGCCAUUUUUUAUAUGUCUUUUGUGCGUCAUCGUUCCUUAUCGAGUGCGUCAUUGUCUUUUAUCUUUUCCCUAUCUGUUCCAUAACAACUCGAAUCCUUUAGACAGUCAACACAUUCUGUAGACAGGUUGGCACGACUUAACAUUCACUUUUGUCCCACUGGCACAGAAUAGGAAAGAAAUCAAAUGAGCGUACAUUCCCAUUAGACAUGCAAUAUAGGUCAAAGGUCAGAAAUUCUACUACAAAAACCUCAAUGUUUUUAUACGAGGCAAAAAUUCCGUCUAUGACCCUCCUUCAGAGCGAUCGCUGUUACCAGCCUGCAGUAAAACCAUCUCACAGAACACAAUUAGUGGCCUACCCUUUGAUUUAGUAAAGGAAUAACAAAUACUUUGAUCAUGAACAUAAAUAGAUGAAUGUAUAUAGACUUAUGACUGUAAGACAUUUGCAAAAAUAUUUUUCCCGGCAUUUGCAAUGAAUGUAGUUACCAAUAUUGUUAAUUAUCAAUUGAUUUUGAACACACAACUGAAUUUCGUAUGAGUCCAUGUUCGAUU